AUGACCCUGUCGAAAGCGGGGGCCCCCAGGGGCUCCACUCGCAUAAAAGACAACGAGAAACGCCGCAUCAUCGACGAGACCCAAAGAAAGAGACGGCAAAGGAAAGUGAUGGAAAUGUUGGAGUCCGAUAACUACCACGAUGAUCCCCAUGCGGAUCUGGUCAUGAGCAAAAAGGUGCCCAAGUUCGAAGAUAAUUUAGAGCAGAGAAGCGGACGGAGCAAGAAGAAGGAGAGAACGGUUGACUACUAUCAGUUCAAAUACCGUAAAAACUUUCAGCAGUUAGUAGAGGAGGAUCGCGCGGAAUCCGAGUCGAGAAAACGACCUUCUUACAUGGACAUCCAGUGCGAGGAAUCCCAGUUGCCCCCGAGGCAUUUUUGUGCGGUUUGCGGCUUUUUCGGGCCUUAUAACUGUUUGUCUUGCGGCACUCGGUAUUGCAGUCUCAGGUGCAUGGGGACUCACGUGGACACGAGAUGUUUAAAGUGGGCCGGUUGAUCUUUUGUCUCUUUUUUUUUAAUAAAUUUGCUUAAAGUCUCUGAAA